ACUAACACGGACAUAAACAAAUGCUGAGUGUAAUAUGUGUUUAAAAUUCUAAUUUGGUGGUAUUCAAAUUAUUAUAAUAAAAAAAUCGACAAUCUGACCUGUGUUUAUUAGAUUAGAUUUUAGUUUAAAACAACAUGCGGGAGACUGAAGCUCCACAUGUUUGCCAUGUGAGAACCAUCACACAUGCUUAUGUAUAAACUGCAGUUAGUUCAGGGUGAAUAAAACACACAGAUAUUAUUAUUAUUAUUAUUAUAACACUGAUCAUGGAUGUCAGUGACCAGCAGCAGACCACACAACCUGACACCCAGCCGAAUCUUAAUAAAGAAGAUGAUAAAAGCAGUGAGUGUAUGGACACAAUGUCUAAACCUGCUCGUCAGACUGUUAACAUUGAUCUGUGUGGAUCCACGCCUCUCCUGUGGAAGGUAUCAGAUAUUAAACAGUGCAGGGAGGAGGUGGGGGUGAUCGGGGCUCUGGUGGGCUCUCUGGCCAGGCAGCCCAGGCAGAAUGUGAGGAUGGGAAGACCGCUGGAGAUCCUGCAGGAGGAGGCACAGCUGCUGCUGCAGACGGGAAGAGCCACUGCUACAGUACACACACCGGUGUCUGAAAGUAAAGAAAGUCAUUCGAAAGCUGUUGAGAUGUACCAGGCCAUUUCUGAGCGCAGCUAUAAGGAGCAGUGUGCUCUCGCUCUUCAGGACAAGAAAGCUGUACUGCACAGAGUGAUGCAGGAGAAACAGAAGGAUCACUCAAGUAACGAGGAGCAGGCCGUAAGAGAGCGUCUUGAAUCUCUGGAGAAAAACUUCUCAUUUCCGCGCUCUGCCAUGCUGGUCCAGCUCUGCACAGCCCGUGCUGGUUACAGUCACUGCCCUGAGGAACGGGAGUUCUUGGCUGCUGAUGGGUCGAUGCCUAAAGACGAACGUUUGCAGACGAGAUUCCUUGUUUACAGGGAUCUGAGACGGAAGGGCUUCUACCUGACCUCUGCAGGGAAAUUUGGAGGAGACUAUCUGGUGUAUCCAGGUGAUCCACUGCGUUACCAUGCACACUUUAUUGCAUUGUGCUUGUCUAUGGAUGAACAGUCUCCCCUCUAUGAUAUUUUAACGAUAGCACGUCUGGGUUCAAACGUGAAGAAGACUGUGCUGCUGUGCUCACCACAUGAACCCGGCGACAGUGGAGAGGACAGUCAGGUUGUGUAUUCAUCUCUGCAGUGGAGUGGAAUGAUGUAACAUACAGUUUAAAGGUGGAUUUAUGAAGAACUAUUAAGAAACAUCCAACAGUGACAGAGGAGCGUUAACCUUCAGUUACUUGAUUAUGCAUUUUUUUAAAGACAUUUUGAUUAUUGUUUAGAAAAAUAAAACGUGAUUCUAUCAUGGUGUCUAUGCGCACACUUUUAUUUGUUUCUAUGUAUACUGUAAACAGUGAUUUAGCUGUUUAGGUUUGAGGUGGGUUUGGAAGAAUUGCAGAAUCUACACCAUAGACAAGGAGAAAAUCCAGAGUAUCCUGAGGAAGAAUGGAUAUGGACCAGAACAAACCAAACUUCUUAUGAAUACCAACUAGACGCAAGGAUCAUAUACAUGUCUCUGAGACGUAAUGCAGAUAAUAAAGCUGAAACUCACAUCUGCAUGAUUUUUAGAUUUAGUCUGUAUGCCUAAUGAAUGAUUAAACCAACUGUAUUUUGGUUUCAGGUAGAACUUUUCCUACAG